AUGUAUUACGAACAAUAUCCAGUGGUCACGUGGUUCGUCGUGCCUUCAUAUCUGUUCGUUAUCGUCGUGGGAACGUUCGGUAACCUUGUGGUACUCCAUGCUUACGUCACAGGCGAGAGGGUAUGGGAACGACCUUAUAACUUGAUCUUAUCCCACGGAGUUGUCGCUGACCUUAUUAUCUGCGCCUUUUUUACACCGCUCUUAUUGCUAUAUCGCUCCAAUGCGCCUGCGCAUGUGAUAGAAAGCACACCGCUGUGUGAGAUGGCCGUGUUUUCGUCGAUGUUAGCCGUCUCGCUACAAUACGUCAUUUUCCCGCUCUUUGCUGUAAACCGCCGGGACCUGGUAUUAAAUCACACCACAUGUUUUCUUACCCAAUCAAAAUGCAAGAAAAUGUUAACCGCUGGUUGGCUCAUGUGCGUCGCAGCUUCGGCAAUUCAGGUCGUACUGCUUCGUAACGAAAUCGACACCGAAACCACGCCGAAGUUGUACCGAUGUAUUUUGGUCAACACAAAAUGGGAUGCGUAUUCGGUUUUCUUCCUCGGGUAUUCGACCCUACUCUAUGGCGCAUCCAUUUUGACAGCAUACCGCUGUUACAAGGAUAUCCUCAACGCGGGCUCACUCGACCCAGUCCUCCCAAUUGACGACACGCGCCGUACAAAAAUGUGCAUGAUAGUAGCAGUGGUAUAUACCGUAUUCUGGACACCAUUUCUCCUCGUGCAACUAACUGGUCUGUUUGGAGAGUAUUCUGAACUGAUCUUCAAUUUACAUGCCGUGUCCAGUGUCCCGGGUGUCCUGGCCUCCGCUGUCAAUCCGUAUCUAUAUUCCUACAUGGAUCAUUAUUAUAAAAAGAAAUUUAUUAAUAUUUUUAAGUUUACAGCGAAUGAAGAAUAA